UAAUUAUUAGUUAUUUUACGAACAUUAAACGACAAAUUACAGUAAUCGGUUUAAAAUUGUUAUUGCAAAUUAAAAAAAAAAAAUGAAAUUAACAAUAUUUCUAGUUAUUUGUGCUCUGGGUUUCACUCAGGCUCAACUUAAUUUGGGUUUAAAUUUAGGUCCAAAAGCUGGUUUUGCUGGUUUAUCACCCGGACAAUUCUUUCAAAAUAUUGUAUUACAAUCUGAAGCUGAGAAGCUUUUAGUUAAUCCCGAUUUACCCGAUGAUUUGAGACAACGUGUUUUAGAUUCAAUGGCCAAUGCUGAACAAGGUUUUAAUAAUUGCUCGACUGCCGUUACAUUACCCUGGAUGCAAAUACGCUGUUCCGCUUUACAAUUACAACGUUCAAAAAAUGAAUUAAAAGCUAUUGAAAAUGAGGCAACUGCUAGAGCUCAGGCUGCAGCAAAUGCAGCUCCUGUAGAGACAGGCACUGCAAUAAUUUGAUAAUUUAAUAUUUUUUUUUCUCCGCACUUUAAAAAUACGCAAUAUACUAUAUUGAACUUUGAACACGCCAAACUUUAAACGAUUUUAUUUUUUUAACUUAAGAAAUUUUUAUUAAUAAACAUUUUCAAAAUUAAA